AGUUGAGCAGCCAGUUGUGCUCGGAUGCCGGUGUGGUGGCGAGGUGCUGCUGGCCGCUCCUCUUCCAGCCUCGCCCUUGGGCAACAACCGUCCCUCUCGACAACGGUGCAACUUACUUGAUUCAGUUGUUGCCUCUCAGUGUUCGCUUGUAUGCACGUUGUCACAGCAAAUUACUAAGGACAACUAACAACACUGAGAAAAUAACCCCCGAAAUAUAGUGUGAGGUGUGUAAAGAUUGGUGGGUUUGAGGUGGAGUCUAUGAGUCGAGGAGAGCAGGCGAGGACAACUCCAGACCUGGACAAGAAGAAGGGGAAACAGUUCCUGCAAGAUCUGAGUUUGGAAAGCAGCAGGCUGCCCCCGCCGCCUUGUCUCAGCCUCGCAGCAUAACAGUCCACCGCCGUGCUGCCACUGUUACCGCCGCUGCCGCCAGCCAGCAGGCACCAGGCCCCGCCUGGCCACCUGGGCUACCAUUCCUCACACUUUCGUGGGAACUUAUAGACGACUUGAAAUACCGUGCUUGUUUUCGUUUUUCCUUGGAAGUAUCUACAUGAUUUGCUCUCUGUGAUAUUGUUGUGAUAGUGAGAUGAAUAAGUUUGAUGUAAUGGUCUUUUAGUUUUUUUUCGGUGUCUUGUCUUGGCAGAAAAUACAUAAUUAUAUAAAUUAAUUUUGAAAAUCAAGACCUUGUGGUGCUCUCGUUGUGGAAAUGUUUAAGCAAUGCUGACCAAUGUCUGACCCGGUGACCUGGCUGCCCCACGCCUGACGCUGAGCCAGCGUGCCUCUCUUAAUGACGGGGCGGCCGGCCACUCUCUGAUGCCUCGAGGCGGCCGCGCCUCACCCUGGCUGGGGUCGGGAACUGGGAGCCAGAUGCACUUUCCGUGGACUGCCGGAGCACAUGACUCUCCCAGCAGCGUGUGUCACCGCCCUGGAGAAACUCUCUCCCACCCUGGCGUGGGUUCCGCCCCUCCCAUCGGCCCCGUUAUGAGAGCGCGUGGACCUGCACGGUGAGAGGAUGAGAAGACUACACCGGGCAAAAUACAACUUCAAGGCAAAGAGAAGAAGAAGAGGUGCGGAAAGAAACAACAGCAACAGCGGCGGAGGCGAAGGAGGCGGCGGCAGUGGUACAGGCAGCAGGAGCAGCAGUCACCAGGAAGGGCGGGCUCGGCUCUAGCCCCUUGUCCUCCCCACGACCCUCAGUCUCCCUCCAGCCCCGUCAGCCACCUCUGUUACCCUGGACCGUUGCGGGCCGAGCGAGGCCUCCAGUGAACCCCCGUGUUACCAGACGCUACUUACUGAAUACAUUGAAAAGUGUUUGGAGUUCUUGAACUUUUUUGUCAGAGAACCUCGAGGAGUGAGAUUCCUCGCCUUUACACCCCGAUUGGCUGCGCCGUGACCUGAGCUGCGCACGUGCACCAUGCGUGAGGUCGUGUGGGACUCUGACCUCCAGAGGCUGACCCCGCGCAUGCGCAGUGGGUGAAAUGAAGAAACAAAACGUUCGUACCGUCUCCCUGAUCGUGUGCACGUUCACAUACCUGCUUAUGGGAGCCGCAGUGUUCGACGCCCUCGAGUCUGAGCACGAGAGGAAGAAGUCUGACGUUCUCCAAAAGAUCGAGCAUCAGCUCAGGAAGAACUACAGCAUCAAGCCGGAUGACUUCAAGCUGCUGGAGACGGUGGUGCUGCAAGGCGUCCCUCACAAGGCCGGCCAGCAGUGGAAGUUUGCCGGGGCCUUCUACUACGCCACCACCGUCCUGACCACUAUUGGUUACGGCCACUCCACGCCCAACACGGUGGCGGGCAAGAUCUUCACCAUUCUGUACGCCAUGGUGGGCAUCCCGCUGUGUCUGGUGCUCUUCCAUUCCAUUGGCGAGCGGCUCAACAAAGUGUCCUCCAUCGGCAUCAGGCAAAUCAAGAAGAUACUAAAGUGCCAGGACACAGACGCCACGGAGGUGGACCUCAUUCUAGUGGUGACGACGCUCUCCACCAUCACCAUCACCUCAGGGGCAGCCGUCUUCUCCAAAUACGAGAGUUGGUCCUAUUUCGAUUCUGUCUACUACUGCGUCAUCACCCUCACCACCAUAGGGUUCGGGGACAUGGUGGCGCUGCAGAAGGAUCAGGCGCUGGACAAAAAGCCGGAGUACGUGACCUUCGCCCUCAUUUUCAUCCUGUUCGGCAUGGCGAUCGUGGCCGCCUCCCUCAACCUGUUCGUGCUGCGCUUCGUCACCAUGAACACGGAGGACGAGCGGCGGGACGAGGCGGAGGCUCUGCAGGCGGCGGCAGGAGCGGUGCGAGUGGAAGGGGAUGUAAUCACCGCCAACGGUUCCAUCCUGUCCGGCCAGUGUCCCCAGGAAGGCGCCUCCUUCACCGAUCUCACCUCCGUCUGUUCGUGCACCUGCGCCUCCUGUGCGCCUUGCCACGCCCUUCCUUUUAGGAGGUCAUACAGUUUUCGGAAGCGCUCCAAAUACCUUUCGUACAUCUUGCCGCGAGCAAACCGUCUUCGGCAGCAGCGGGAACAGCAGCUUCAGCGGGACCUGCAGAUGACGCAGCGAGACCACGACCCACAAGUGACCCACACUGAGACACAGGAGGAAUUGUGUUCCUCCUCGUACGAAUGCGAAAUUAUAUCCACUCCCGCGCAGAUUCACAAAAGAAACUCUGUUUAGCUCUGGUGGAGGGGCGUGCAGAGAUCGGGGACUUGUGCGACAAAGAGGUCGUGGCACACACGUUUUGGUGCACGAGUGUGGACGUUUGUAGCCCUACCAGGCCACUGGGAACGAAUUGGGCGCAGGUGAAAAAAAAAUCAAUUAAAUACGCCAAAAUAUUUACAACGUGUUGAUCUGUUUCUUUACGAGACUGAGGCAGCUGAUGGUCAGGGAACUUUUUGACCCCUUGGCGGUGACGCGCCACAGGGGAGCACCAGCCCGCGCCGCUGCCGGGUAGGUGCACAGGCGGGGGUCGAGGCCACCCAGGAGUGCCCGCGACGCACCCCGGAUUAUGCCUGACUAUUGUAAGAUAUCCGGUUCUUAUUUGUUAUAGAUAUCUUCCAGUAUUUACAAUAGGGAGAAUAUUUUUCAUGUUAAUAUUUCGCACGUCACGCCAGGGGUCGAUCGCAGAACUAACUGAAAGCCGUCCUAACCGUUGUAUCUUAACCUAACGCCUGCGCGGGUCCACAGGCCUGAACGAACGCUGUCUUGCACCAGUGUUAGCUGUUGCCUUUCCUACGUUUGUCCAGACGCCCGGAGAGUUCCUUCCUCACUAGCUGUUACGUCUUGAACUUGAAUCGGAUAACUGAUAAAAUAUGAAAGCAAUGGGACAGCCGGAAAAAAUAUAUAUAUUACAUUACAUAUAUGGUUGUGUUCGUCCUUUUCUGGGUACAAAAAACAAAAAAAUAA